UCUUUAGCACCCGUCUUAGGUCACAUAUCUAAUGAGGGGUGUAUAAAAAGUUGCCCUGUAGUUUGUUAUUUAUUAUUUUUCUGCCAAAUAAUGGAUAAUCCCAACGGAAUCCACUAUAUUGAGCUAUCCCCUAAUCCCAUACGGUUCGAUGCUGUGAGCCAGUUAACAAAUGUAUUUUUUGAUGACUCAAAUAAGCAGAUUUUUGCUGUUCGAUCUGGAGGAGCAACGGGCGUAGUGGUUAAAGGGCCCGGUGCCACCGAUGACACCGUCAUCUCCUUUUGCAUGAGCGAUCGCGGAGGUGCUAUACGUUCCAUCAAAUUUUCGCCGGACAAUCAAAUCUUGGCCGUUCAGCGUAAGGAAAAUGCCGUGGAGUUCAUAUGUUUCCAGGGGGAACAGCCUCUGCUGCAGGAGAUCAUUACCCACCAGGUGAAGACUAUGAUCCAUGGCUUCGUGUGGGUCCACAAUCGGGAGGUGGCUCUGAUCUCGAAUACGGGUGUAGAAGUGUACACUGUGGUGCCGGAGAAACGUCAAGUGCGCUCUGUAAAAUCACUAAGCAUUGGCAUCAAGUGGUUCGCCUGGUGUUGCGAUGCCAAUGUAGCCCUACUUUGCACCAGCGAGGGAAACUCCCUGAUUCCGGUACUCGUCAAGCAGAAGGUCAUCACCAAGCUGCCUAAAGUGGACUUGGGCAGUCCAAGUCGCGAUGUUCAGGAGAGCAAGGUAACCUUAGGUCAAGUCUAUGGCGUGCUAGCGGUGCUAAUACUGCAGUCAAAUAGCAGCUCUGGUCAGAUGGAAGUGGAGGUUCACUUGCUCAAUGGACCGGGCCUAGCGCCUCGCUUGUGCCAUGUCCUGCGCUUGAGCCUAGUGGGCCGAUUUGCCAUCAACACGGUGGAUAACUUGAUUGUGGUGCACCAUCAAGCAUCGGGCACCUCGCUGCUAUUCGACAUCUCACUCCCCGGAGAGUUGGUCAAUGAAAUAACCUACCACACUCCCAUAACCCCGGGUCGUUCCAUCAAGCCGUUUGGCUUGAAGCUGCCUUCGCUAUCACCCGAUGGACAAAUCUUGCAGUGCGAGUUGUAUUCCACCCACUGGGUGCUCUUCCAGCCGAACAUUGUCAUCGAUGCCAAACUGGGUUGCAUGUGGUUCCUGAACCUUUGUAUUGAACCCUUGUGCCAACUGAUUUCGGAUCGCAUUCGACUCACAGAAUUUCUCCUGCAGCGCAGCACUGGCAAACAGGUGCUAUUAAAGGUUGUGGCUCAGCUAGUGGACGAUCAGUAUAAGGGAACUCUGCUGCCAGUUUUAGAGACCAUCUUCAGCAGAAUCAACAAGAUAUAUGCAUCCUGGGUGCAGUUGGAGCUGCAAAAUCAAACUGCUCAACCGUCGAACGUGAAGACUUCCACCCUGAAGCAGAGCACACCGCCUAUUGUCCUUAUUGAGCAACUGGAUAUGGUGCAGAUCUUCCAGCGCAUUUCGCGUCGCUCGUACACUGAGUCCAUCUUGAUACUUUACCUGCAAUCCCUGAACAAGUUUAACAUUGCUGCCCAGGAGGAGUUAAGCAAGAUGAUCAUUACUGAACUGAUCCACAACCGCAGCUUCGACACUUUGAGACGUUUGGUCAGCUAUUCAAUGCUGCUGGAGUCAAAGUCGGUGGCUUGCUUUCUGCUUUCCCAUUCCGCUGUGGAUACGGCCAUAUCUCAGGUGGCCAUCGAUAUGCUGGGCAGGAUUCAGGCUCAUGAGAUUAUUAUAGAAGUGAUGUUGGGACAAGGCAAAGUAAUCGAUGCGUUAAGACUGGCUAAGAACUCUUUGGGUCUGGAUAAAGUGCCAGCUAGAAAAUUCUUAGAAGCUGCUUACAAGACAAAAGAUGAUCUCAUUUUUCACAGCGUUUUCAAAUUCUUUCAAAUGAGAAACCUGAAGCUUUAUGAGACCUUGUCUUUUCCCAAGGCUGAACAAUGCACGGAGUUUAUACAGCAUUAUAACAAUACUUUUCCGGUUGAUAAUUCUACAAGACCACCAAUAUGUUAAGGGAAACUACUUAAGUAAUAUGUUAUUAUUGUUAUUGAAAGUGUGCUUGAAAAUAACUAUAUAAAUUGUAUAUAAAUUGUUUGAACUCAAUAAUAUCAUAAAAAAUAGCGACGAUCGCACUACCCGAAUAUUUGGGAUCUUUGGAACACUCCUUUAUAGCAUACACGAAGGAGUGUGGC